AUGUUUUCAAUGAACAUUGAUGAUACUGUUAAACGAUUUCCCGAGUUCUUAGAAUUGGAUGAUGUCAUGAGCUUUCUGACAUUUGAUGAAUUAUAUAGUUCAAUUAAAAGAAUAGAUUUUAAUAAUCAACUUGCAACAAAGUUAAUCUCGAAAGUAUUUAAUGAAUGCACCAGAACAGAAAAAAUUAUGCUUCUUGAUAUAAUGAAAUUGUCUCCUGAUAAUGAUUAUAUUUCAAAUUUUAAUUUAUUCGAAUUAAUCUUGACUAGUUUAGAGAUUCCAAUACUAACUACAUUAUUCAGAUCAAUAAAAACUCUCUUUAACGACAAAAAACAAGAACCACAAGAACAAAUACCAGUAAAAAGCAAAAAACUAUCAAUCCAAACUGAUAUUCCAAGUGGACAUGCGCAUAUAAUUGAAACACAAUUUCUUACAAAGUUAAAAGAGGGCGAUGAAACUGGUGUUCGACAAAUUUUGGGAACUUAUCCUGAUAUAAAUUUAUAUUGUGAAACAAAUGAUUUUUUCAAUCCUAUGAUGGUGGCCUGUGCUUCAGGGAAUCUCAACAUUGUUAAAUUACUUUAUAACCAUGGUUGUGAUAUAAAUAAAACCAGUUCAAAAGGAUUAUUUCCUCUUCAAGCUGCAAUUCAAAACGAUCAACUGGAAGUGGUCAAAUUUUUAUUUUCUGUUAACGUAAUAAUCCCAAAAACCGAUCAACGCGAUAUUACUGAAAUAGCUGCAAUUUUUAGUUCAGUUAAUUGUAUAAAGUACCUUUUAGAUGAGAUACACAUUAAUUUUAAUGCACAUCUUUAUUACACUGCUGCUUGCUACAGCAAUAUUGAAUUUCUAAAUUUUUUAUAUGAUAGAUUUUCAUACAUGCAACAAAUUAAUGUGGCAUUGGCUUUAGCUGCAGCCAGCACAGGUAAUAAUGAUGCAUUAAACUUUUUUUACGAUUCAAAGGGUGUAGACAUCGAUGCAAUAGAUCUACGUGGAAGGACAUCAUUAAUGUAUGCAAUAAAAGAAAAUAGAAUAAAAACUGCAAAAUUGCUAGUAGAUAAAGGUUGUAAUGUCAAUAUUCGCACAUUUAAAAAUAAGGAUGCUUUGCACUAUACAGUUAAAAAAGGAGACGUUAAAUUUUUCGAAUAUCUUAUAACUCAUGGUGCAACUAUUGAUGACUUAAAUAAAUUGAUAUCAGUUGCCGAAAGAUGUAAUAAUACAGAAAUGAAAGCAUUUUUGAGAGCAAACAAUUAUUAG